UUUUAUAGAAAAAUUGAUCAGUUACCGGCACUAGUAAUCAGGUGUUUCAUAUGAUUAGUUUUUUUCUCCGGGAUGCUGGUUUUGUUUGUUUUGUGGAUAACAACGUGUAAUUAUUAACUUUCCGGAUAUUUUUUCUUAAAGCAACAUGAAUAAACGUGAAGAUGCUCUUAGAGAGGCUUUACGCAAAAAUGAAGACGAGACUCAACGGUGGCAGACCUAUCUCAAAGAGAAUCAGACAGCCAUUGAGAAUAUGUCCAUGUUUGGUAAACGAUUGACAGUAGAUGUUAUGGUUCCAGUUGGCAAAAAGGCUUUUAUGCCGGGAAAUUUAUUACAUACGAAUGAAGUUUUAGUUGGUCACUACCAAGGUUAUUUUUCAAAAUGCACCACAUUCAAAGCCAAAGAGAUUUGUGAAAUGCGCAUUAAAAUGGCUCAGGAUCAUUUGAAGAUGUUGGAAGCAGAAGCCGACUUAUGGCAAAACAAAUUGGAAAAACCUUAUGCCGAGGGUGUUAUGCCCAGUGGUGAAGAACGUGAAAUUAUUGAAGAUUACAAUGAAGAAGCUGAAAAAUUAUGGAAAGAAAAGCAUAGACGUCGCGUUAAGGAAGCUAAACUAAAGGAGCGAGAAGAAAGAGAAAAAGAGUUACACAAAGAAACAAAGCAAAAACAAAACUCCAAAAAUAAAAAUGAUUCUGAGGAAAAAUCGGAUGAGGAAAUCUUGAAAAUGUUGGAAGAAGCCGAGUUAAUGGAAGAAUUAGAGCAAGAACUGGACACAUUAGAUGUAGAUGAGGUCAAUGAUGAAACAAUACGGAAGCUUAUGUCAGGAGAAAUUAAAUUACCACAAGAGAAAAAAAGAUUAGCACAUGAAAUAAAGUCAAAGGGGUCAAGAACUACUGAAGAAUCGGUUUUAUUAACGAAUAUAGUGAAAAAGAAUGAUAUACAAAAGAGUAACCAUAUAAACACAAAUAAUAAUAUACAUCCAAAUCCUGAGAUAACAGAUUUAAUAAAUUCCCAGGAGGAAGUUGAAAUAGAAGAAGAAACGGAAGAAGAGUCAAUACCCAAAGAGGUGGCUUUGAUUAAAGAACAGGCUAAAUUUCUUAAUGCCGAAGAUCAGAUUGGUUUCUAUGAUUAUCAAUUGGAAAUAAUAAGACAAAAAAUACAGGCUCUGCCUUUGCGCACGCAACAAGAAUUAGAUGAAAAAAUACAUCUUUUGAAUGUGUUAGAACAUUUGGAAGAACUAUUAGAAGUGGCAGAAGAAACUGUAGGCGCUGAAGAGUUGGCGGAAAAAGACUCAGUUGAAGUUGAAGAUAAAAACGAGAAAGAUGUAGAAAAUCAAGAAAAAGAAUUUACAGCAGAAAAUGUUGAAAUUGUGGAGAAGGAAUUGAUUGAAGUAAAAGUCAAUGGAGGAAAAUCCUCUUUAUCCAAUGAUCUAAAUAAAUCUACCCAAAAACGCCGUAUUUCCUUUGCUUUGGAAGAUCAAACUUUAGAAUUUAGAAAACAUGAAGCUGUUACGCAAAUGUUACCUCCUAAAAUUGAAAAACCACAACGUGAUAUUAUAAAACUAGAUGAUAAUGAUGAAGAGAAGGAAAGCAUACAAAAUAAAUCCGAUUUAUUAAAAAAACCCUUAGAUAAAAAAGAUUUAAUACAAGCUAAAGUUGAAAAAAAUUUACAAUUUGUUGCGGAAAAUCAAAGUAAACAAGAUUUUGACUUAAUACAACAGAUUAUGGGUGAAGUUAAAACACUACACAUAAAAUUUAAACAUUCCCCACAAGAGGAUUCCAAAAGAGAUAAUAGAGAAUCAUCGGAUAUACCUAGCAGUCCAGCAGAUUUCUAUGAUUUAUAUAAAAAAACUCAAAAUUCAUUACAUCAAAAUGAACCCUCAACAUUGUUCAUUAAUAGUUAUGAAGGUGAGGAUCAAGUUAAGACGCCUGUAUUGAAAGAAGCCGAUCGACAAGCAGCAUUUGCUGAUCCAAAAGCGGAAUUCUCAAAUCCUUCUCUACAAGCUAAACCUAUACUUAAAAAUAAGUCUGCAGUUGGUAAGGAAAACCAUUUAAAGGAUACAAAACAGGAUAAUAGCAAUAAAAGUAAAAAAUCAAAGAAAAAUUCUACUAAAAAAGAGGAUGAUGAUGAUAGCUUCAGCGCUUAUAACAAGGUUAUGAACGAUGUUGUUGAAAAACCAUUAACGGAGCCUGAACCUCUGCCCGAUGUUAAAUUUAUUGAUGCUCAUACACCCAAAAAACGGAUAAGUCGUUUUAAACAAAUGCGCCAAGGAACAGAAAAAACAUAAUUUUGUCUUUUCUUCUUUUUUUAUUAUUUUAUUCUCGUUUUCUCUUAAUCAUUAAAAUCUUAAACAAAUUUGUAUAUUUUUAAGCAUUAUAAUAAUAAAGUUAAACUUUCUACAUUAA